AUGAAGAAUGGCCAGCUCAGCAACAACCGAAUUGUUUCUUACGACCUUUUUCCUCUGCUGCUUUGUAGUGGUAGCUCAACAAAAAACCAUCGUCUACAGCGUCACCGUGGGCCUCAUCCGCUACGCGCUGGUCUCCGAGAUCCCCUCCUCUUCGCUGCGAAGCAAAUCCGUCGGUCUCGCCCGCAUGACCUACAAUUUGCUCAACAUCGUCAGCAACGUCAUCAAGCCCUUCAUGCCUGGGCCAGGGGCGCUAAGACGGGCUUCUUCUUCGCCGGAACGUGUACCCUGUCUUUGGUAUUUACCGCCUUCUGCAUCCCGGAGACGAAGGGCCGCACGUAUGCAGAGGUGACGGUGCUGUUCCAGAGUGGCGUCAAGGCUUGGAAGUUCAGGAGCGAGAAUGUCGAUCUUACUCGUACCAAAGAGGACGAGGAACAGGGUAGUAGAUUGGAAGGGAAACCCCUCGAUUGGUAG